GAUUCGUUGCAUGUAAAAUGUGAAGAUGGAAACAACAGAUAUUAUCACGCCUGAAGAAAAGAGUGCUGAAGUUUUUGCUGAUGAAAACGUCCAGAUUGAAAAUGAAAAUAAUAAAGCUGCAGAUAAUAAUAACACCUUAUUAGAUGCUAAUGGAAAUAGACGUAUUGAUGAAGGUAAGAACUUAAUACAUUUCAAGAAAAAGUGGAUUUAUAAUUAGUCUAAUGCAUUUUUCAUUUGCAUUAUUACUUAUUUAUUUAUUAAUUAAUUUGAAAAAAAAAUUUCAUUAAAUAAAAUAAAUGCUGGUUAGUACAUGCAUAAAUAUUUCCAACCUAUAUUAUUCAUAUUUUAAAAUAAUCUUUAAAAUGAAAUAAUUAUUUUUAAGAAAGCUCCUUUGUUUGUAAAUUUGAUAAAAAUUAAAAAGAAUGUCAUUUACUUUGUCAUGAAUGGUGUCCAGUCUUAUUCUUUGUUUAUAUUUUAGGUUUGGACAGUGGUGAUUGCCCAAAUGAAAGUGGAAAGGACCGCAAUGCAUUGUUUCAACUAGGUCUUGAGGAAGAGAAGAGAGGAAACUACGAUGCAGCCAUCGAUUGCUACUUAGAUUCUUUGAAGGGAUUGCAAAGCAAGGCUCAAUUCUCAUGUCUGCCUCAGUGCCUUCAUAAUGUAUAUUUAUUAACUGCUUUAACUUUAAGUAUAGAUGUCUUUGUUUUAAAAUUGACAUGUUAACUGUUAAUGCAAAAAGAAUGCACAAAAUCAAAAUUAGAAAGUGAUGUAUCAAAAAAAAAAAUCACUUGUUUUAAGGGGUUUCUGUGUACUGACAUUUAAACGCUUACCAAAUAAAAAAAAACUUAAUAUAACUUGAGUGAAUGAAAUCUUGUUACUCACUGACAAAAUCAAGAACUUAAUAAUUUAUCUAGAGUGCAUUAAAUCUUGUUGCAUAACAUAUAAUUAAAAAACAAACAUCUGAUUAAAUUAAUUCUUCAAGUUUUUCUUUUUCAACUUUAGAUUGCUGUUAUCUAUCGAGAUCAAGGCAAAUGUAUCCUUUAAUUUAGAACUUGAAAUUUGUUGAACUUUAAUUAAAGCAUUUAUAUAUCUUGAGGGCAAAAUAUGACAUCUGUUUUUCAUCUGAGAUCAUAUUAAUGUUACAUUUUUUUUCUAAACUUUAUUUUAUUCCUUGUAAUUAGUGAAAAUAUUAGAUUUUACAGAAAUCAAAUCAGCAGACUAAUUGUUACUGGGCACUCAAAGAUUAGUGAAACAAGAAUUAUAAUUCUAUUUUAUUUUGUUUAUUGUAAUUUAUUUGUAUUCCUUAAAUUCAUGCCAGAUGAUCAGGCUGUACAGUUUGCUCAAGCAGAAAGAUUUUUCUAUGAAUCAUCGCUUAUCAAUAGUGAAGAAAUUCAGAAAAAACUGGGUAAGGGUUAUGAAUUGAAAUAUUGUAAAUACCAGUUCUUCCUUGUAAAAGUUAAAUAAAUGCUAAGCAAAUAAAAUAAUGAAGUGUUUCUCUUUAACCAACAGGUUGCUUAUUUAGUUACUGGUAUAGAAACAUUUUGAUGGUAGCUAAAUAUCUAUUAUAAACAUAUAUUAUUGUAAGAUUUAAUUUUAAAUAAAUUUUAAUCUUUUAUAGUUAUCUCCUAAGUAGCGGUAUAAACUUACUUACCAAAUGCUCAUUAUCAUAAAUCAAAUAUAAUCAAAUAAGCAGGUUAAAAUCUCAAGUCAAAACAUGAAAAAUUCUCUUACUUAUUACCAGGAGGUUAUCCAACCUCAGAAAAGUGUUAUUGAUUAUUUCUUUUAUUAGAGUGUUUGUUUAACUCAUAUAAAAAUAAUGAAAUUUGUUUAGCAUUUAUUUUAUUUUUUAUUGUAAGUGUCGGGUGAGAUGAAUUAAGGAGAAAAAUUUCAACAAAUAUUUUUCAUGGAAUCAUUUUGUUUCAGUUACAGAAGCUACAAUUUGCAGUAAUUAGUUUUAUUUUUUUUCUAAUAACUUGUAUUCUUUCAUUCUUUUUUGGUGUUGUUUUUUUUUUUUUGGUGAAUUUUAAUUUCAUGCAACAAUGAUUUGUUCAGAUGAGGUGGCUGGGGAAAAUGGAGAGCCAAAAGAUUUGAAUGAACUCAACAUUGAAGCUUUGAAAGCUGAUGAAUAUGAACACAUGGCUAAACUCUGCUUGAUGAAGAAGCAGUAAGAAUAGCUGUUCUUUGUGUGUUUUUUUUUUAAGCAUUUCACAAGUGAUCACUUUAUAGAGAAGUAUAAGCUUACUCAUCUUAAAUAAAAAUGCAUUGAAAUAAUUUUUUUAAAUGUCAAAAGACAAUAUAAUACAAAUUAUUAAUCAUAUUUUUAAUUAACUUGCAAGCAAUUGCUAUUUUAUUUCAUCUUAUUGCAUGGACUGAAGAUUUGUGCCAGUGUUCAACAUGUUCCACAAUUUUUAGAUGAUGGUCGUAACAACUUCUUAUAGUUAGAGAUGAGCAUGAAGUAAAACAUUUAAUAGCAUUUUAACUGUAUGAUGGAGGAAAAAUAAAAUAACUUUAAACUAAGAAUAUGAAGGAAUCAAAUGGUAUAAACAUCAUAGGUUAGUAUUACAAUAAACUUUAAUAUUAUUUUUUUUAUUUUAUACAAUGUAACCAAUUACAUUUCCUUACAGGCAGGACCUCGCCUUGAAGUAUUGUGGAAAGGUAAGCACAUCAAAUACUUAAAGACUGGCACACUCCAUCUUAAAUAAUUUCUGUGUUAAUUAUAGAAUCUAAGGCAGGCAAAGUUGGCGCUAUAUGCUAUUAAAAUGGCAACUUGUUAUUUUAGGAAAAAAAAUAACUUAUCUGCACAGACAUUAACACUAUCCACUGCAAAUGAUUUUUUAAUCUUAAAUUUUAAAAGUUAAUUUCCAGUGCUCCACAUCAAAUGAACACAGGGAUAGAGUUAAAGCUUUGCAUCACUGCAUUCAAGUUACGACAUUAAAUAAUUAUGGUUUUUAUGCAUACCCUUUUGCUGAGAGAUAUACUACUUUAAAUAAAGUUUUUAAAAUACUGUAAUAUUAUGUAAAAGCUUUUACUUCUUCUAAGACCAGAUUAUCCCAGCCUUUUGACGAAUGGAAAAGUGUAGUAGAUGCUAAAAUGAAUUGAAUUUUUCUAUUGAGAAUGACACUAUAUUUUCUAGUCUUUCUUUUUUUUUAAUUUAGAGAGGCAGUUAGGAAAAGUGGUUUUUCAAAUUUUUUUUUGCUUGGAAUUACAAAUACUGUAGAUAAGUUUUAAUAGCAGAAGUUUUUUUAUUUUUAAAAAUUUAAUAUGAGUUAAUCCAACUGGUGCCUCUAUUCACCGUUUCAAAUGUAACAGCUUAUGCCAAUGAAAAUUAAAGCUAGUUAAAACAUUAGGGUGUAUUAUAUGCAUGCAUGCCAAACUGCAAGGUUUGUCCAUACUUUAUGCAGGUUUUAGGUGCUUUGAAAAUGUACGACCAUACAAAACUUAGUAAGAUUUUUCAAAGAUUUAGAUAAUUUGUUUAAAAUUAAUUUUUUAAAUACAUCAUUUUGUACAAUGCACAAUACAUUCUUUCUACCGGUAUUACUAUAACUAGUAUUACGCCACUAUAUGACUAAAUAUUUACCAUAUGCUUGAUCAAUAGGAUCAGCUUGAUCAAUAGGAUCAUCUCAUGCAUGGUGGAAAAAGAUAUUUUAAAAACCUUUUAAAAAAGACGCUCUAUCAAAAACGAGUUUAACCUCACUAAAAGCUGGAAUAUAUUAUUCAAUUUCUUAAAAGGCUUUACACAAAAAAAGAUUGCAGAGGUGUAGAUGAGAAGGGUUUCUUUGAGUAAUGCAUUUUAAUAAUUUUUUAAUUAUUAUCUUCUAUUAUUUUUCAAAUGUCUUUGAUAGAAGCAUUUUUAAAAAUUAUUUUUUAAUAAAUUUUUUAUGCUGCUUUUAAGUAUUCAAACCUGUAUCGUAAAUCCAAUAGUUAUCACAAUGCACAGUCUGUAUCAACCCCUCAUUUAAAUCAUAGUGAGAGGGUAAUUUCCCCAUUUCUCACCAUGCCAUCCCUCUCGGUCUACCCAGCAUACCGGAGCUCGCUAGCUCUCCAAACCCCCCCACCCUUUUCCUUUCUCCCACUGUUAACUGAACAAAGCAGAUGUAAUGAACUGUGAUCAACUGAGCGAUAAAGACACAUGUGUUAACAUUAAAAUUAGAAUUUGAAAAGAAGAUGAAAAUGCAAGUAGAAAGAAUGUCAUUAAAAAAGAAUAAAAAAGACAUUAAGUGCUUGCUUUAAGCUCUUAUAAAAUAGAAGCUUAUUUUAAAACAUAGUUGCACAAUGAAACUUUGAGACAAUGAAGGGAGAUUCUACCUUUAGUAAAUCCUUUUCUCAGCUCCAUCAUGUAGAGAAUCUAUCACUAACAGAUGAUGAAGCUCUCAUUUGCAAAUUUUUUAUUGCAAUCACAUCUAUUUUAAAUUGCUAAAUUAAAAAUUAACAAGAAAUUAUUGGAAAGACAAAGUUUACAUGCAUUCAAAAUAUUAAUAAUUAAAUUAUGAAAAGGUUAUAACUUAUACUUUUUAUUUUUGACCGUUUAUUUCUUUCUGUACCAUUUUUCAUGCUGUCAUAAAGUUUUUGGGAACUUUUUGUACAGUUCUGGAUCCUGCAGGUUGACAUGUAUGUAUGUGUACGCUUAUAAUCACUGUAUUAAAACAGAUUCCUUGUAUUGCAGAGUACUAAAAUAAGACAAAAAGUCUAUGGGAAUAACCAUGAAAAGACAAAGGCUUCCCUCAAAUUCUUUACAGCUAUUUAUACAGAAAUAGAAAAAAUGCCAAACUCAGGUAAUUUUCUUAAUCAUCGAGAACAUUUCAACAGUCAGUUAUUUGAUUCAUAGGGGAAUGUAAUUAUUUCACUUGCAGUACAGUAAUUUAUUAUUUCUCUUUAUUUUAAUUUUUAACAAUGUUUAACUAAAUCUCAGUAAGCUUUAAGAUAUUCAAUAAUUAAUAUUCGUAUAUAUAUUUUUUUUUUAAAAUUUCAUCUUGCAAUAUGUAAGAUAUUUUUGUUUACCUUAGUUGUCAUAAAAUUCUAUGUACAAAUGUUUAAAAACUAUUUUUUAAAAUACUUUUUAAAUUUAUUAACAAAAAGAAGAUAUUAAAAUUAGAAUAAAAUUAGAAGAGUUAUUGAUAGAGUAGAGUUAGCUUGGUUGUUAAAAUCUUUCUAAUAUCAGUAAAAAAGGUAAACAGGUCUCACAGUGAGUCAGAGAAAAGUAUGCUACAGGAAUGCGUUUCAAAUCCCAGCAACACAUACUGUCAACACCAGUUAUUGCAGAAUAUGGCACUAUGCAGGAUAAAAGUGCAACAAUCUACCACAAAAAAGUGACUUCUAAUAGAAAAUCCAUAAAAAGAAAAAUUGUCAGAUCAAUUGAUUAAAUACAAUAAAUUUGUCUUUUCUUGUUCAGUUGGGCUUCUGAACUGCAACCCUGAUUCAGUUGACAUCACUGUCAAAACUCCUGACACGAUCGUGUCUACACCAGCUGGAGGGGAGCCUGUGUCCAUCUUACGACAAAGAUCAGAAGAUAGCCUAAAAGAUGGAGGUAAACAAAGCGUAUAGUAAACUAAAAAUUUUGUGCUCUUGUUUUAUUUUUUUUUUUUUUUUUUUUUACCUCAUCGUGUUUUUAUUUUUAAAUUAUCAACCUUUGAAUAAUUACAUCCUAGUGAAGGUUUGAAACUCGAAUCCAUAAUUCUUGAUAACAUCGUCUUUUUUUUCUUCUUUUUUUUAAAUUUUAAAAAAAUAUUUCAGCCCGUGAAAAGAAGCAAGUUCACUUUCAUGAAUCUGUAGAUGAAAGCAUACGUAACAGGGAAAAAGGUUUGUUAUAUUUUAUUGUCUAUGACAUAGUUUAUAAAGACUCAUACAUGUUACACUUUCUCACCUGCCCGCUUUUAUGGGGAGGCGUCACAGGGAGGUUACAAUUUACGAUUAGCCACAAAGUGUGAGGCCUCCUGGAGGUUCAUGUUGUGAACUUUUAGGGUCAUCCGGAACACAGUCGAACCACAAACGGCAUGGUCUUUUUCUGGCCCUGAAACCAGAGUGCCUGCAGUUGUAAGCCUGCAAUUCAACUUGAUUAACAGGCAUUCUGACCAGGUGGCCAAGCAAUUAAUUUUGCAGUUGGGACAUAUAUUGCUGAUUGCAAUGGCACCAACCAUUUAUCUUAUUUUCUGGCUUCAAAUGUGGUCCAUUCUUAUUUUACCAACUGCUCACCUUAAAAGGUUAUUAUGAAUGUAUGCAGUGAUUAGAAAAUGGUAUCUGAUGUAGCAUUGCCAUUGGGGUAAUUUACUUUUAGUAUUAGUACAUAAAAGAAUAUUUAAAAUAAAAAUAAUCACUCUUAUAAAGUCAAAAUAAGUUAGGUGGCUGGGUAAUACAUGGAGUGGACGGCUUACAAGCGGCUAUUGGAAGAUUUGAAUAAAUUUGUCCAGGUACAUUGAAUUAUGAAAUUGUUCUCAUAAAGUUCUGAGAUCUUAGUCUACCUUAUCCUCUACAACAUUCAAAUACAUACAUGCAACAACAUUUUUGGAAGUAGAUGGCGCCACUAUUCUGUAAAUGUCAGCUAAUGACCGGUUAUACCCCUUUCAGGCUUUUACUGCCCAAAACAAGGGUGUCUGUUUAUAAACAAAAAAAGGCUUUAGAUCAAGUAUCAAUGGUAGUUGAAACCCAAUGCUUGGCAUUAGCAAUAAAUAUGUUGGGCCCCUCUAGAAAAGUUACUUUCAGAGAAUUAUAAUUUGUGGAUAUGCAUGUAAUUGCUUUACUACAAAAUUUAUAGUGUACUUAUACUAUGUAGUGUUAUAUCUAUUAGGUAUUUCAAAUAUCAGGGCAGUUUACCUUAACACUACCAAUACUGAAAUUUUUAUUUCUAGGGGACAUCUUGAGAAAUUUACUGAUAUUAAUAGUGGCCAUAGUGGUGACAAUCUUGUUGAUGUCCUUCUGUUAAAUGUAAUUGAUUUAGACUUUGUUGUUUCUGUUCUGCAUUCAUUUCAAAAGCUGCCCAGCUCACGGUUUGGAAAAUCUGAUAUUUUUGUAUUUCACUUUGAAAUGGUUAUAGUUAUGCUAAUUAUAUUUUUUUAGAAAUAGGUUUGGUUGCAGUCGUUGAAAUUAUGGGUUAUUCAAGUAAAUAAAAUAGGUUUGGUUGCAGUCGUUGAAAUUAUGGGUUAUUCAAGUAAAUAAAAUAGGUUUGGUUGCAGUCGUUGAAAUUAAAUAGGUUUGGUUGCAGUCGUUGAAAUUAUGGGUUAUUCAAGUAAAUAAAAUAGGUUUGGUUGCAGUCGUUGAAAUUAUGGGUUAUUCAAGUAAAUAAAAUAGGUUUGGUUGCAGUCGUUGAAAUUAUGGGUUAUUCAAGUAAAUAAAAUAGGUUUGGUUGCAGUCGUUGAAAUUUUGGGUUAUUCAAGUAAAUAAAAUAGGUUUGGUUGCAGCCGUUGAAAUUAUGGGUUAUUCAAGUAAAUAAAAUAGGUUUGGUUGCAGUAGUUGAAAUUAUGGGUUAUUCAAGUAAAUAAAAUAGGUUUGGUUGCAGUCGUUGAAAUUAUGGGUUAUUCAAGUAAAUAAAAUAGGUUUGGUUGCAGGCGUUGAAAUUAUGGGUUAUUCAAGUAAAUAAAAUAGGUUUGGUUGCAGGCGUUGAAAUUAUGGGUUAUUCAAGUAAAUAAAAUAGGUUUGGUUGCAGGCGUUGAAAUUAUGGGUUAUUCAAGUAAAUAAAAUAGGUUUGGUUGCAGGCGUUGAAAUUAUGGGUUAUUCAAGUAAAUAAAAUAGGUUUGGUUGCAGGCGUUGAAAUUAUGGGUUAUUCAAGUAAAUAAAAUAGGUUUGGUUGCAGUCGUUGAAAUUAUGGGUUAUUCAAGUAAAUAAAAUAGGUUUGGAUGCAGUCGUUGAAAUUAUGGGUUAUUCAAGUAAUCAACAUAUUACAACUCAUGUUGUUUGUUUAUUUUUUAAGUUGAAAAUUUAUUUUUUAUUCUGACUUAAAUGGUUCUUAUAAUUGUUUAGUAAUUAUAAUUUAAUACAGGUAAAUGUUUGUUUUAAUACACAGUAUAAAACUAAAAGAGGUUCUGUACUUUAUAAUAAUUUCUGUAUAUAAAAUAUAAAGACAUUUUAUAUUGGAUUUUGGAAAUCCAAAGAAAUAUUACUUUCCAUGUUUUUUUUUGUAAAAUUGUACUUGCAGAUUAGAGAUUAGGCUUGUAUUUUCUAAUAAUGUAAAAUUGUGAUUAUAUUUUAUUUUCUUUUUAAACCAUCUCUCUAGACUUAGGGGAAAAAAAUAAUUUUUGAAUCUGUUUUUUGCAGAAAAGCUGGCAUCUUCAAUAGUAAGGCAGUUUCGUCUAGCUGUGUGCAUAGUCCUCCUUGCAACAUUAGGCAUGUGGCUGUACUGCUCGGUAAGCAAAAGCCAGUCUUGUCAGAGACCUAUGGCACAGCUCAAUCAGUGGAUUCAAACUCUACGUUACUAUUGUCACCUACUAACUACAGCACCUUCAGCUCCUACAUAACAUGAUGCAGUGCCUAGAGGAGAAAUCUGGUAGACAAGUAGCAGAGGAGGAAUAAUGAUUUAAUUUGUGAUGUAUUUAUUCCAAGACAUGCAGUCUUGUUAAAAUUAUGUAUUAAUCAUUUUUGCAAAAUCAAAGUGAUUGUGAAUAUUUUCUUCUUUUUUUAUAUGAUACAAAAUUUUUAUUUUACAUGCAUUUUAAUUUUAAGCUUUUGAAUCAGAAUUCAUCAGCCAAGAAAUUCUCAGUUACAAAUUUAAAAGUCUAGUUUUAGA